GACCGCUUUCAGGUUUCUCUCUGUCCAAAGUUCGAUCUCUUUAUCCUACUUCCUGGGUGUUACAUAGAGUUAAAAAGUAAGGUUAUAUACACAAAACGUACAGCUAGGAUCCCUGGCCAGGGACCGUCCACAGCCUGAAGGCCUGAAAUCUAACAUUUGGCAGUUAGACUUUACUUAGUCUGGAAUCCUGUGGAAUCCAAGGCCACGAAAAGAAGAAGAAAAAGGUUAUAUACAAUUAAUUUAUAAAGAAAAUCUGCUUGGAAACGAGAGAGAUACGUGAAAUAAUAAUAACAUAAAUACAGAUCGUUUAACACUGGAAUACUUUCUUUGUAUCAUUUAUUCUUUCAAAGCAUGAAUGCGUGCGCGCAUAUGUGUAUAUAAUUUGACGAUAACUUAUUAGUUAAAUAAAACAAAAAUUUCCACGAGAAAAAGCGUUGUUUGUGCAGAGCACUCUUAGCAAAUUUUUUCAUCAGUCGAGAAACGCUCUGUUUCUAUGCCGCACGACAAGAAGAUCACCCGGCGUAGCCGAUCUCGGGACCGUGAGCGGGAACGUGAACGCGAUCGGGAGCGACGUGACCGUCGGCGUUCCAGGAGUCGCUCCAAGGAUCGUAAGAAGGAUCGAAAGCGAUCUAGGUCAAGGGAACGAUCGCGAGAGCGCGAUAGAUCAUAUGAGCGGGACAGAUCGCGGGAACGGGAUCGCGAGCGCUCGAGGGAGCGUCGCGAUGUCAAGGACAGAUCUAAGGAUGAGAAAAAGCGUAAGAACAGUCCUACGCUCACCGAGGACGAUUUGAAGAAGGACUUGAAGGGUGACACUAAAAAGGAGGAAGAAGACGCGGAAGAUAGGGCCAAAUUGGUUAAGAAAGAGCCAUUGAGUUUGGAAGAGCUGUUGGCUAAGAAGAAGGCAGAGGAGGAAGCUCGAGCCAAGCCCAAGUUUCUCACCAAAGAGGAACGAGCGGCUUUGGCGUUGGCGAAGCGCCAACAAGAAGUAGAGGCGAUUAGAAAGCAACAGGAAGAGGAGCGCAAGCUUUCUCAUGGCGAUAAUACUGGCAAGGAGAGGGAAUGGGAUGAUAGAGACAGUAGAAGGAGAGAUGGACAACGUUUGCGUGAUGAGGAUAUCAAGGAUAAAGAUAAAGAAAAGGAAGUGGAGGCUAUCAAGGAGCGUUACUUGGGUCUGAUAAAAAAAAAGCGGCGAGUUAGAAGGUUGAAUGAUAGAAAAUUUGUCUUUGAUUGGGACACUUCAGAAGAUACCUCAGUGGAUUAUAACAAUAUUUACAAGGAGAGACAUCAAGUGCAAUUUUUUGGUAGAGGCAACCUUGCGGGUAUUGAUAUUAAAGCGCAAAAACGGGAUCAGAGCAAAUUUUAUGGUGAAUUGUUAGAGAAGAGACGUACAGAGGCUGAGAAGGAGCAAGAGAAAAUGAGAUUGAAGAAAGUGAAACGAAAGGAAGAGAAACAAAAAUGGGACGAUCGACACUGGUCUGAAAAAGCCUUGAACGAGAUGACUGAACGUGACUGGCGUAUCUUCAGGGAGGACUACAACAUCACGAUAAAAGGUGGUCGCAUUCCUGACCCCAUUCGUUCCUGGAAGGAGUCUGGUUUUCCAAAAGAAAUUCUGGACAUUAUUGAUAAAGUUGGCUAUAAGGAUCUCACGCCUAUUCAACGACAGGCUAUUCCUAUCGGUCUACAGAAUCGCGAUAUCAUCGGCGUUGCUGAAACUGGCUCAGGAAAAACUUUAGCCUUUCUAAUUCCUUUGUUACUAUGGAUUACUAGCUUGCCAAAAAUUGAGAGGCUCGAGGAGGCGGAUCAAGGACCCUACAGUAUUAUCUUGGCACCUACUCGUGAGUUAGCGCAACAAAUUGAAGAAGAAACCAAUAAAUUUGGCCAGCCGUUGGGUAUCCGAACUGUUGUGGUGGUGGGUGGUCUAUCGAGAGAAGAGCAAGGUUUCAGAUUGCGAAUGGGUUGUGAGAUUGUUAUUGCUACACCUGGUCGAUUAAUAGACGUUUUAGAAAAUCGAUAUCUUGUUUUAAAUCAAUGUACUUACAUUGUAUUGGACGAGGCCGACAGGAUGAUAGAUAUGGGUUUUGAGCCAGAUGUUCAGAAAAUUUUGGAGUAUAUGCCUGUAACAAAUUUGAAGCCGGAUAAUGAAGAUGCAGAAAAUGAAGAGAAACUUUUGGCCAACUACAAUACAAAAAAGAAAUACAGACAAACGGUGAUGUUCACCGCUACAAUGCCACCUGCUGUUGAACGGCUUGCUAGGACUUACCUCAGGAGGCCAGCAGUAGUGUAUAUAGGUAGCGUCGGUAAGCCGACAGAACGUACUGAGCAGAUAGUUCAUAUAAUGGGCGAAGCUGACAAGCGAAAGAAACUUAUGGAGAUACUCAGCAGAGGUGUCGAGCCGCCAGUCAUUAUAUUCGUUAAUCAAAAGAAGGGUGCGGAUGUCUUGGCAAGAGGCUUGGAAAAAUUAGGAUACAAUGCUUGUACUUUACAUGGUGGCAAAGGCCAGGAACAGCGUGAGUACGCUCUGGCAUCUCUUAAGAGCGGAAGCAAAGAUAUCUUGGUGGCCACUGACGUUGCAGGACGAGGUAUCGACAUCAAGGACGUAUCGAUGGUUAUUAACUAUGACAUGGCUAAAACCAUUGAAGAUUACACACAUAGGAUUGGUCGAACGGGUCGCGCUGGCAAAGCUGGCCUCGCUAUUUCUUUUUGCACGAAGGAUGAUAGUCAUUUGUUUUAUGAUCUUAAGCAAACAAUACUUGCCAGCCCAAUAUCUACUUGCCCGCCAGAGUUGCUUAAUCAUCCAGAUGCCCAACAUAAGCCUGGAACGGUGGUUACAAAAAAACGACGAGAAGAGAAGAUCUUUGCCUAAUCUUCUUUCGUGACAAAUUUUGUGCGAUUGAAUUCUAAAUAGUGCACCAAAGAUCCGAAAUUGCCAGGGAUAUGAAAUUUUCUAUGCAUUUAUGUCGAUUAUGGAACAGUAGGGAUAGUGUCUAAUUGGAGUAAUUCGAGAUCACAGAAUUUAUUUGGUUCUAAUGAGACGAAUAUUUAAGGACUUAAUUACUUAUUAAUAAAUCAGUAAUAAAUUGAAGUCCCAAAAACGAAAAAGAGAUCAAGUUCGAUUUAAUGAUGUAAAUAAUUAUUUACAAUAUGUAUACAAUAAAGUUAUUUGAAUUACA